UUCCGGGAGUGGAAGGGGCUGGACAGCUCUGUACUACUUAACUAACCAGGAAUGAGAGGUUUGGGCAAGCUUGCUUGAUGAAGGAAGAAAAAAAUCUACCUUCGCCCAUUCGAUUCAUUCAACAAUUACCGGGCACCAACUAUGUGCCAGACAGUAAAAGCCUGGAUAGUUUCUCCCCAUUUUUCAAAGUCGCUAAACACGACCAGAGGGCAAAGAGUAGGCCCAGAAUCUUGGAGUCUUGGCUCCGCCCCUUCUGCGUUUGGCUUUGCCUGCUCCUCCCAUCAUCACUUCACUCAGAGGCGGCCACUGGCCCAAGACGAAAAAAGACCCAGUCUCUGCUGCACCAUCGCAUUCUCCAGCUUCAGUUCUCAAGCCCUGUAGCCGAGCGAGGUCUGAUGUAACACCUCCGGUCUGUUUCGCUCUCAGUUUCGAGAUCCAUCCGGAACGCUUUUAGAUAGGAUCCUCAGUGAGAUCGCACUCGAUUGAAUCGGUCUGCCUCUACAGCUCAAGGAGGCGGGUUCGCAGAGGCCGCUCCAAGGCCAAAGCGAGACCUUACUGCGCACGCGCAAGAGGCAGCCGAUGGAGCCACCGAUGGAGCCGUCCGGAGGGGAGCAAGAUCCCGGAGCCGUCAGGCUCCUGGACCUGCCUUGGGAAGACGUGCUGCUCCCACACGUCCUGAGCCGGGUGCCGCUACGCCAGCUGCUCCGGUUGCAGCGCGUCAGCCGGGCCUUCCGGGCGCUAGUGCAGCUGCACCUGGCGGGGCUGCGCCGCUUCGACGCCGCUCAGGUGGGUCCGCAGAUUCCGCGGGCCGCCUUGGCCUGGCUGCUGCGGGACGCUGAGGGGCUGCAGGAGCUGGCGCUGGCGCCGUGUCACGAAUGGCUGUCGGACGAGGAUCUGGUGCCUGUCCUGACGCGGAAUCCGCAGCUGCGGAGCGUGGCGCUGGCCGGCUGCGGGCAACUGAGCCGCCGCGCGCUGGGGGCGCUGGCGGAGGGCUGCCCCCGCCUGCAGCGCCUUUCGCUCGCGCACUGUGACUGGGUAGAUGGCCUGGCGCUGCGCGGCCUCGCCGACCGCUGUCCGGCCCUUGAGGAGCUGGACCUCACCGCCUGCCGUCAGCUCAAGGAUGAGGCCAUCGUAUACCUGGCGCAGAGGCGCGGCGCGGGCCUCCGCAGCCUCUCGCUGGCAGUCAACGCCAAUGUGGGGGACGCCGCGGUCCAAGAGUUGGCCCGGAACUGCCCGGAACUCGAGCACCUCGACCUAACCGGCUGCCUCCGCGUCGGAAGCGACGGCGUCAGGACGCUGGCCGAGUACUGCCCCGCGCUGCGCUCGCUGCGGGUGCGGCACUGCCACCAUGUGGCCGAGCCCAGCCUGAGCCGCUUGCGGAAGCGCGGCGUGGACAUCGACGUGGAGCCGCCGCUGCAUCAGGCGUUGGUGCUGCUGCAGGACAUGGCAGGCUUUGCACCCUUUGUCAACCUGCAGGUCUGACCUGUCUGCCGACGGGGCACAGCUGGACUGUGUGGCGGGGCCUGACUAUGAACUGUAGGGAAACUGAACUGUGGGGGCCUCUGGUUAGAGGCGGAUGCCCUGCCCCACUCUGGAGCUUCAAAUAAAGAGAUUUUUACCCCCA